GGAAUAAUAACCACACUUCCGGUGUUACGGAUUAGGAAGCGACCGUGUCAAUUGGCGACUUUUGAACCAACGCCGCAUUGUUUACUUUGUGUCGUGUAUGUUAUAAUGUGUCAGAGGGGUUGACCACAUUAAACCAAAGCGGCAUUCACGAGGACAGCUACACGUGACAAGUCCCCAGUGAACACGGUCGCCUGAUAAACCGUAACGGAGAUAACGUGACCGCGCGGCCGAAGACACAGACGUAACGUGUUCGCACACGCGCGUGCACGUCAAUCACACCUCAAUGAUGACUGCCUGCGAAAAUAAACUGGGUGUUGAGUCACAUUAAUUAUAAUUAGUGUGUUUAAGAGCACACAAAAAAGGUAUCGAGAGGUAUUUUUCACUUCUUAGUAAAAUGAUUUAUGUAAUAUAUAUGUAUAUAGAGAUAUUAUUUAUAUAUAUAUUAUUCAUAUAUAUUGCUUUUAAUGACAAAAUAAGCAUAUUCAUUAAUCUGUUGAUUAUCUUGUUUCUUAAUCAGAAAAGGGAGAACAAUGGUCUUCACUGAUCCGUGUGGAGACAUCAUCUGACUCUAUAUUUGUGUUCUCUCACAUAACAUGACCCGUAUUCACUUUAAUAAGGAGUUCAUUCAGAGUACCGUGCUGCAACAGCAGGUUCUAAACGCCGCCAUGAGUCCUCUGGUGCUUCUCCAAGAUGGCCGGUGGGCGACGCUCCGUCAGGUCUCCCGGUGGAGGCGUCGUUGUGACGUCAGCGUUGUGUUUGAGGCAGGAAUGUGUGAAGCGGCGGAGAAGGACCUGUACGCCGUCCUGGGAUCCAGCCCCUCCGACUCAGUCCAGCAGCUCAGACACCGGUACCAGCAGCUGGCCUUGCAGUGCCACCCGGACCGUCUCGGAGGUGGCAGUUCUUCCGAAGCAGAGUCUGGCGUGAAGAGGUUCCUGGAGGUGGACGCCGCGUGGAGGCUCCUGAGUGACCAGAGCAGCAGGAGGCAGUACGACCUGCGGAGGAGAGAACAGGAACUGAAACAGGAUUGGCCGGUGGACUCUACGGUCCACCUGGAGGACAUGACCUGGGACCAGGAUGAGCGAGUGCACGCGUACGGCUGUCGCUGCGGGGGAGGGUUCAACAUCUCGGAGGAGGAGGUGCAGGAGGAGGAGGCGCAGAGGAGGCGGCAGGGUGAAGCAGAGGAGGAGGAGGAGGAGCACAGCGGCGUGGUGGUCUGCUGCGACACGUGCUCCCUCAGCGUGUGCGUCACAUGGCCCUGACACAGGAAGACGUCAGAGGGCCAACGGUGAAAUAAGACCAGGACCCUUCUGCACAUGUGCAGACUGCUGUUACACACCUGUGCUGAAACAACAAGCCAGCAAGAGGAGCGCUAGUUAGCUAGUAUUUAAUAUAUUCCGAGUCACUAUCGGAAAGUUAAAACAACUAGAAAUGCAACAUCUCCUUUGACUUAUUGAUCUAGUAUGAAGUGCUCUUGGAUAACGGUUUUCUCUUUGACAUGUUGAAGUGAUUUGAUCCUCUCAGCUACAUUGACAUCGUUUGCAGUUCAGCAAAGUUAAUUUGAAUUGUAUUGUUUUUAUCUUAUUGUAUUAUGUCAUUGUAAAAUGUAUAAUGUUUGGGCAUUUGUUUCGUAAAAUGAUAAAAUACAAUAUCAAUAAAAUAUAUUUGUUUUUAUA